CGUGGCGGCCUUCCUCUUUCGCGUCCUUCCGCCCGAAGGAAACGAACGAAAGGCCCCCCGAAAGAGCCUUCUCCUUGAACCGCGUCCGCCUUCUCCUUCACCGCACGCACAGGCAGGCUCCCAACGCGCCUCCGCCGGCCGCGCGCGGUUGCCCUGCCAUCUCUCCUCCCGCCACCGCUCCUCCACCGGUUCCUCCAACCAUGUAUAAUAACUAUGGGAACCCUCCUGGGAUGCAGAUGCCACAGCAGAAUUCUCAGCCUGGCCAGUUUAACAAUCCAUUAUAUGGUGCAAGCUCAGGUCUAAUUAGAUCUGGGCUAGGAGUAUAUGGGGAGAAGUUCUUGGAUUCUAGUUCAGAAUUCAUGCAAAGCAAUAUCAAUAGAUACUUCUCCAACCCGCAGUAUUACUUCCAUGUGAAUGAUCAAUAUGUCAGGAACAAGUUGAAAGUUAUAUUGUUUCCAUUCUUUCACAGGGGGCACUGGACUCGGAUAAGUGAACCUGUUGGUGGGCGUUUGUCCUACAAACCUCCAAUCUAUGACAUAAAUGCACCAGAUCUGUACAUCCCUUUCAUGGCAUUUGGAAGCUUCAUCAUUCUUGCAGGCUUUACAUUAGGUUUCAUGGGAAAGUUCACUCCAGAAGCUAUAAAUCUGCAGUUUUCCAGGGCACUCAUCGGAUGGGCCUUCCAGCUUGUGAUCCUGAAAGGUUUGCUCUACUCAAUGGGCGGUGGUGAGGUGCCACUUCUCGACUUGGUAGCAUAUGGUGGCUACUUAUUUGCCGGGCUAUCCCUUGCUGUUGUUGCAAGGCUCAUAUGGGCAUACUCAUAUUACGUCAUGAUGCCAUGGAUGAGCCUGUGCAUGGGAGUGUUCUUGGUGAGGACAAUGAAGAGGGUGCUUUUCACGGAGAUGAGAAGCAGCGAGAGGCACUCAUCGCGACAGCAUUACUUCCUUCUCUUCAUGGCAAUAGCACAGUUUCCCCUGUUCUUCUGGCUUGGCAGCAUAGGUGCAUGAUACAGUUUCCUGUUUGUUUUAGUUUUGCCGUGUUCACAUUACAAGUGAUAUUUAAGUAUUUAAAUGUGUUGUAAAAAUAGUUGGAGAAUGAUCUCAACAGCUGAUGCUGUUUGAGCAUCAACAGUAUGUUCUUGACUGUCUGUAUAGAUCGGGAGUGCUGCUUGUGAAGUUAUAUGUGAUACUUCCCACAGACUUGGUUACUGCUUUCAACCAGUUUUUACCGGCAGGUCUUCA